AUGCCCCCGCUCUCAAGAAGCGCCACCGCAUCAACACCAAGCGAAACGUCAGCGUAUGGCUUCUCCGACCCGGGCCCCGCCCACGGCCUUCCGCCUAGCACGACCGUCUGCAUCCGACGGCAUUUGCAACAGCACCGCUGCCACUGCUCGAGCUCGCGGAACGAGCAAACCUCAAGCGACAGCAGCAGCGGCGAUCAACACGCCACCCCCGCGCUCGAAACGUCUCGUGUGCCUUUUGUAGACGGCACCUCUGCCAGCGUUGGCAGCGGUAAAAGCAAUGGCAGCGGUGGAGACAAUUUGGAGCGUGGCGCCAGCGCGGGUGCAGCGGCGAUGUCGACCCCCGGAGCAGCAGUGGCAGAGACAUCAAGAGGGCUCAUCCUCUCGCCCUGCUCGGCAUUGCUAGCGCGAGACUACGAUGAAGAGGCGGGUGCGCAGCCGAAUGCCGAGUCCAACCGCACUGCCGGCCCUCCGCACGUCUACAUCCACGUGCACUCGAACUGCGCGGGGGGAGUGCCCACGACCGUGGCCGCGAACGGCGGGCGGUAUGUCCGGCAUGCAGACGCCCAGAGCGAGCUGAAGCGCUACGCUGCGUGGAACGCCAUGGGGCGCGAGUGGGCUCGACGGCAGCGUGUGCUGCUGGGUGUCUACCACAGCGACGUGGACCGCGCUGUUGCAGGGUAUGACGACCUGGCUGCUGCAAAGUCGCUUCCUGUUCUUCAGCAGCAGGUACAGCAGCCGCAGGUCACCUUGCCUCUGCAAGCGACACCUUCCGCUUCCGCUUCCUCCCUUGGGAUCGCCGGCAGCGAUGUCUCACUGCUCAGUCCAUCGCGACACAGCACGGGCAUGCGCAUGAGCCUGAGCCUCGUGUCAUCCACAUCUUCCUCCUCCACCGGCACUUGCACCCUCGCCCAGGCCGGCCCGCACAUGCACGUCAGCACGCAGAGCAGCAUCAUCACCAACAGCAGCAGCAGCAGCGAUGGGGGCGGCGGCGGCGGGAACACAACCAAGCACCUCGCAGCAGAAGCAGCCGCCGCGACGCGCCUGCGCAGUCUCGGCAGCAUGCUGACGUCCUUCGACAUCCUGCUCGAAGGGCGCAGCGCCUCUUUCGGCGGGCUCAGCGCGCUUGUGCACAGCGCCGACGAGCUCCGCACCUCCCUCGACAGCUUGCUCAAUCUGCGUGACGCCCGCACCCAGGCGAGCGUUUCUUAA